GGCGCCGAGCGGACGCGCCCCCGCGCUUAGGUGCAGCCGCGCGCGCGGCGAGGCGGGGAGGCCAGCGCGGCGGCAGAGGCGGCGGCAGCGGCGGCAGAGCGCGCGAAGCGCUGGUUUGGAAAUACCCUUGAAAGCAGAGGACCAGCCUCUGCCCUGCGCUCCCUCCCCCGCUGUCUGGCAUCCAGCUCCACAGCUCCUACCUGGGUGCUCCCGAGUUAAAUGGCCGAUAAGCAGAUCAGCCUGCCAGCCAAGCUCAUCAAUGGCGGCAUCGCCGGCCUGAUCGGGGUCACCUGCGUGUUCCCCAUCGACCUGGCCAAGACAAGGCUUCAGAACCAGCAGAAUGGCCAGCGCAUGUACACCAGCAUGUCCGACUGCCUCAUCAAGACCAUCCGCUCAGAGGGCUACUUCGGGAUGUACCGUGGAGCCGCCGUGAACCUGACCCUCGUCACCCCUGAGAAGGCCAUCAAGCUGGCAGCCAACGACUUCUUCCGACACCAGCUCUCCAAGGAUGGGCAGCAGCUGACCCUGUUGAAGGAGAUGCUGGCGGGCUGUGGGGCCGGCACCUGCCAGGUGAUCGUGACCACCCCCAUGGAGAUGCUGAAGAUCCAGCUCCAGGACGCGGGCCGCCUCGCCGCCCAGAGGAAGAUCCUGUCUGCCCAGGCCCAGCUGUCGGGCCAGGGGAGUGCCCAGCCCUCGGUGGAGGCUCCGGCCACCCCCCGCCCCACGGCCACUCAGCUGACCAGGGACCUGCUGCGGAGCCGUGGCAUCGCUGGUCUCUACAAGGGCCUGGGGGCCACGCUGCUCAGGGACGUCCCCUUCUCCAUCGUCUACUUCCCCCUCUUUGCCAACCUGAACGAGCUGGGCCGGCCAGCACCUGGGGAGAAGUCGCCUUUCUACGUGUCUUUCCUAGCCGGUUGCGUGGCUGGGAGCGCGGCUGCUGUGGCCGUCAACCCCUGUGAUGUGGUUAAGACUCGGCUCCAGUCACUGCAGCGUGGCAUCAACGAGGACACCUACUCAGGAUUCCUGGACUGUGCCAGGAAGAUCCUGCGGAACGAGGGCCCCUCCGCCUUCCUGAAGGGCGCUUACUGCCGUGCCCUGGUCAUUGCCCCGCUGUUUGGCAUUGCUCAAGUGGUUUACUUCCUGGGCAUCGCUGAGACCCUGCUGGGGCUGCCGCGCAUCCAGCCCUGAGCCCGGGCAGCCGCCUGUCGCUCUCCAGUCGAGCGGGACCAGAGUGGGGCUGAGGCCGAGGCAGGCAGCCCCCCCACCCCACCCCGGGGAUGCCACAAGAGUCUCUCCCCGACCGGACGGGUGGGGGUGGGGAGAGGGGGAGUGCAGGGUAGGCACGCACGCCUGGCGGGGCCCUGCCUACACAGCCCCCGGGACCAACGUCUUACUUAGAAACGUUCCUGGAGCCAGCCCUGCCCACCUCUGCCCCGGUCUGAACAACCCCCAGGGACAGAGCUGGUCUCUGGACUGGGGGCCGCCAGCCUGGGCUGGGCAGGCUAGACCCUCCCCUCCAGUCUACCAGCUCCUGUCCCCGAGGCUUGGCCCCUAGUCCACAAAGGGGACUCCGCACAAACCUAUUUAUUAACUUGCCGAGCACAAGCGGCUCUGUCCACCCCUCGGUCUGUCCGUCCAGCCUCCCCUGCUGCCGCUCACUUGCCUUGGCCAGCCUUGCGGGAGGAUAGGGCUCUCCUGCCCCCACACUGAGCCAGGAAUCCUAGACCGGGGGUGGCCCUGAGUGCUGACUCCCAGGACAGGUCCCCCGCCCCCACUGUGGGACCCAGUUGGGGACCCAGCCCACGCGAGGCUUUGUGCAUGUGUGUGUGAAUGUGGGGGGCGGAUGAAGGCCACCCUCUGCUGCCCUGGCCCCUCAGGGGUAGGGCUGUGGGGGGCUCCAGCCAUCCCCACGUGGCCAGGCAGAGUGUGUGUGUGUGUGUGUGUGUGUGUGUGUGUGUGUGUGUGCGUGCACCGCAGAAGCGUGUGAGCGCGUGGGUGUGUGCCCUUGACUCCCCAGUGACCCCGUCCAGGAAUCCGUCUCUCCGCCCCCGGCCCUACUUCUGAGUCCACGCCCCCUCGAGGUCGGGGAGGGCGGGCAUGAGGACCAGUAUGGAGCCCGGGAGUAUCUUCUGGGGGGCACCAGGAGCUGCCCCUCCGGUCUUCCCCGGGCUUAGCCUGCCCUCCAGGCUUCUGGGUAAGGCCCCUGACCACACUUAGGAAAGCUCUGCCCUCCCCCACCCUUGAUGUUGUGACCUGAGGCAGCUCGUCCAGACCUGCUCCACCCCCAGCCACGUGGUCGUGUUGGUGAUGAUCUGAUGUGCCGGUGCUGUGGCCCCACCCCCGGGCCCCCUCCCAGAGGCCCCUUCCCAGUGACACUACCUGGGGCUCAGGCCUGGGCCCCCCAGUUCACGGUUGUUCCUGGGAGCUGCUCUCUCCCGUCACAUCUGUACCUUGGAAGCUGCUGCUGCUGCUUACAGAAUUCUAUUUUUUUCUUUUGAAGAGUUUUAAGAAGUUGUAACUUUUUGUGUCUUGUCCUGUAAGAAGAUAAAUAAAUAUUCUAAGUAGA